AUGUCCUCAGAUAUUUAUGCCAAAUCAGAUCUGUCAGUGAAGGUGAGAUUCAGCAGAAAGGAGCAGGAAGACAUAGCAGAUUGGGAGCAGAGGGAGGUGGAUAUCUACGAGAGUACAGAUGAUGUCGGAGAUAGUUAUAUUCAUUUUCAGUCACGGGGAGGAGGACCACAGGCUCAGAACCCUCCAUCAGUCCAGAAGGGGGCUUUCAGAUGUGCUACACUGGGUCUAGGAGUGCUGUACCUCUUGAUGUUAGCUGGGAUCAUCAUCCUGUCCAUAUACUUUGCUCUGAACAAGCGCAAAAACAGCAAACUUCAGGCAAAAUACAACACACUGAACAACAGCUACAGCCAGCUUCAGGAUGAACUUCGAGAAACAAGAAACAAUAUCAGUCAUCUACAGAGCAGUUAUGAUAGACUGAGUGAAAACCACAGUCAGCUUUGGAAAAAAAUGAAGAAGCAGAAGAAGAUGGAAGAGAAGUGUCCUGAUCGAUGGACAAGAUUCAGAGGCAGCUGCUACUUUAAAAUCAAUGAGAUAAAAACUUGGUCUGAGAGCAGGAGAGACUGUCUGAAGAGAGGAGCUGAUCUGGUGAUCAUAAACAGCAAAGAGGAACAGGAAUUUAUCAGUGAACUGAACCUGAGAGGAGAGUCCUGGAUUGGUCUGGAGGCCAAUUAUCAACAAUCAGGCUGGAAAUAUAAAUGGGAAUGGGAAUGGGUGGAUGGAUCAGCGCUGACAGAAAUGUUCUGGGCACCAGGAUUUGGGAAUCCCAGUUCAGAUUCCCGUGGAGUAUGCUGUGAUGAUCAUGGGAGGUGGACACACUCACCUGAAUAUAGUCAUGUUGAUAAGACCUGGAUCUGUGAGAAAUGA